AUGGCACCUCAUCACUCAACAAGAAAACUUACCAUGUGUCAAUUGACUCCCAACUUACCGUCUUGCCGAACCAUGAUUGGUUAUGGAAGGAUUGAUUGUGGUGGGAGAAGCAGGUGGGUUGUCGGCCUCGCAGCUUUUGUACCUUUGUAG